CACAUAGAUCAACCAUAACGAUUUUAAGAAUGUGAAAUUUAAAUCCAUAAAUGUAUUCUAGCGUUAGAUGUACAUGUACUCACAAUAAUUACGAUGAGUAGAAAACUACAAAGACAAUACUAUCGAAUGGAGAGUGGUGCGGCUUCCUUCCCCUUCUUCUUCUUCUUCUUCUUCUUCUUUCCAAUGCCCUGCUCUUUGUUGCUGCCUUUGGUCGACCAAGAGGAACGAGAGAAUGAGAAAGAGGAUCAAGAUGUGAGGGAGUGUUACAUAAAUAUGGGGUGUCGUGAGGGUUUGAGGCGUGUAAGUGAUUUAUGUCAAAUAUAUACAUCUUUUCAGGUAAUUGCGGAGACUAUUGGAACAUAUUUCCUCAUAUUUAUUGGAUGUGGUUCUGUUGCUGUUGACAAGAUAUAUGGAUCACUAACAUUCCCAGGCGUGAGUGUGGCAUGGGGUUUGAUUAUUAUGGUUAUGGUCUACUCAGUGGGUCACAUAUCCGGUGCACAUUUAAACCCCGCUGUCACCAUUACGUUUGCACUCUUUCGCCAAUUUCCUUGGAAACAGGUGCCCAUGUACGUAUUUGCACAACUCGUUGGUUCAAUUCUUGCAAGUGGGACUUUGUACGUCUUACUUGGUGUGAAGAGUGAGGCUUUCUUUGGAACCCUUCCCGCAGGUUCAGACAUUCAGUCAUUUAUUAUAGAAUUCAUCAUGUCCUUCUUGCUCAUGUUCGUCAUCUCUGGCGUCGCUACAGACAAUAGAGCUAUUGGAGAGCUUGCAGGGAUUGCCAUUGGAAUGACAAUUCUUAUCAGUGUUCUUGUUGCAGGGCCAAUCUCAGGAGCAUCGAUGAAUCCAGCAAGAAGUCUUGGGCCAGCUAUAGUGAUGCAUAAGUACAAAAGUAUAUGGGUUUACAUAUGUGAGCCUAUAAUGGGAACUGCAGCUGGUGGUUUCACGUUCAACCUCAUCAGGUUCACAGAAAAGCCGCUAAGAGAACUAACUAGAAGUGGAUCAUUCCUCAAAAGCUUGUCAAGAAAGGCUAGUACCUCAGUUCGCUAGAGUUGAUUUUAUUUCACUCCUUCCGCACACGGUCAUGUCCAUUUCCAUGUACAUCCAUGCAUAUGGCUUAUGCUAACUAAAUGAAUAUGGAAAUUGAAUUGUGCAUUCAAAGAAAAACCUCUUCAACCCAAGAAAGAUUGUUCUCUUUA